AUAAUAGUUUUUCUUUGCUUGUUGCGCUUUGCAGGACAGCGGCCAACGGCCCCAGCUAAUGGGAGUGAUUUAUAACACCAGGCAUUUUUUUAAAUACGUUUUAUAUCAACAAUCUUCUAAAUAUUUUCGCAUUAACGUCAACAGCUUUAACUUAAUUCCUCUUUGGAAUGUUGCCGUUGCUGCUUGCACUGUGUUGGGUACUUUAUAAGUCACUCCGUAUUUACCCAACUCGGAGUGAAUGUGUACAGGGUGAUUCAACACAAGUUUUGUCUAAUUUGUAGCUUAGUGUCCUGCAAAUGUCUCAGUUUAAUAUGAGAUUAAUGCUCUGUUUUACUGGCACCAGUUUUGGAUCACUCCUAUAGAUCAAUUUUGCAUGUUUAUACCAUACGUAUAUCUAGUUUGGCGCCCACUAAAGGCGAGAAAUGUUAAAAAUCGCCCACAAUCAACCUUUUUCUCAUUUCCUCUCAUCAUUAAAUUUACUUUCUCUAGUGCUUGUAAGAAUCGUUUAACUUGCACCAUUCAUACGCUCCAUUUGGCUCUGCACUAAGUUUUAUUCAAGGUUUGUUUUUACACCGUUCAGACACAAGGUUUUUUUAACGGCUGGUUUACCACACCAAAUUUCUAUCGAGGAUGGUCGCCACCCGAAACGUACUACUUUUACUUGAUAAGACCUAGUGUCUAAACGGAUUUUCCGCAGAACUACAAACAGCAUGUUUAGAGGUAAUAUCGAUGGGGAUUCUAUUCAGAAAAACGAGUUUGAAGUGCCUAUAAUCGCACAAUGGAUCCGGGUGAACCCAACCAGAUGGCGAGACCGAAUUUCCAUGCGAGUGGAACUGUUUGGCUGUGAAUAUGUGGCCCAAAAUAUGUACUUCAAUGGUACGUCGCUUCUAAAGUUGGAUCUUCUGAGAGACCCGAUAGCUGCUCUGAGAGAGACUAUCAAGUUCCGGUUCAAAACUGCUGCGGCCAAUGGGGUGCUGCUUUACAGUCGAGGCACUCAGGGCGAUUACAUCGCCUUGCAGUUACGGGAAAACAGAAUGCUGCUGAACAUAGACUUGGGUUCCAACAUGGUUACCAGUCUUAGUGUGGGCAGUCUUCUGGACGACAACAUUUGGCACGAUGUGGUGAUUUCCAGGAAUAGGCGGGAUAUUCUGUUUUCCGUUGAUCGCGUGGUUGUCCAGGAGCGUAUAAAGGGCGACUUCAAUAGGCUUAACUUGAACAGAGAUUUUUACAUCGGCGGCGUCCCCAACAUACAGCAAGGUCUUGUAGUGGUUCAGAACUACAGCGGCUGCAUAGAGAAUCUCUACUUGAACUCAACCAAUGUAAUCCAAGCGGUCAAAGACGCCUUUGAAUAUGGGGAGGCUUAUAAAUACGAGAAAACCAACGUUUUGUACAACUGCCCAGAACCACCUAUAGUGCCUGUGACUUUCACCCAUGCGAAAGCCUAUGCCAAACUGCGCGGAUAUGAGGGAAUGUCCUCUAUGAAUGUGUCGUUUCACUUCAGAACAUACGAGAGCAAGGGCCUGAUGAUGUUCCAUGCCUUUUCAUCGUCGAGUUUUGUGGCGAUUUACUUGGAACAAGGCAAGUUGAAGGUGGAACUGGUGACUCCGGAUAAUCCUCGAGUGAUAUUCGACAAUUACGAAGAGACUUUUAACGAUGGACGCUGGCAUGUUGUGGUGCUGUCCAUCAGGACGAACGACGUUACUUUUAGUGUGGAUUAUCGGCCAAUGAAGACCACGCGAUUGCUGAAAAUUCGCACCGGAGGCAUUUAUCUGUUCGCCGGAGGCGAGACUCCCACGCUCAGCUAUUCUAAUGAGGUUUUCCCAGGCUUUAUCGGCUGCAUGAAAACGAUCCGCAUUGAUGGCAACAGCAAGAUGCCCACAGACUGGAAGAAGAACGAGGAAUAUUUCCACGGCGACAGUAUAAUUUUCGACGCUUGCAGGAUGAUUGAUCGGUGUUAUCCUAAUCCGUGCCAACAUGGGGGCAUUUGCAAGCAGAACGCAGCCGAAUUUUUCUGCGACUGUAAAGGCACGGGGUAUGGCGGGGCCGUUUGUCACAGCUCCAUCAACCCCCUGUCCUGCCAGGCUUAUAAAAAUAUCCAGGCCGUUGGACCAAAGGCGGAAAUAAGGAUCGAUGUGGAUGGAAGCGGCCCAUUAGCACCAUUCCCGGUCACCUGCCAAUUUGGCGCUGAUGGUACCGUGUCGACCGUGCUGCAUCACAGCAACGAAGCCACCACUCCGGUGGAUGGAUUCCAGGAACCCGGCAGUUUCAUCCAGGAUAUUCAGUAUGAGGCUGAUGAUGACCAAAUCGUCGCUUUGAUCAAUAGGUCGUCUACUUGCACUCAGCACAUCCAGUACGCCUGCAAGGAGGCCCGACUGUUUAGUUCGCCGUCGGAGGAGCAGCAGUUCCAACCGUUUUCCUGGUGGGUUUCCAGGAAAAACCAAAAGAUGGACUAUUGGGGCGGGGGGCUGCCCGGGUCCAGGAAAUGUGAAUGUGGCGUCUUGGGGACCUGCAACGAUCCCACCAAAUGGUGCAAUUGCGAUGGGGAUGCGAUGAUUUGGUUGGUAGACGCUGGCGAACUGAGCGAAAAAGAUGAUCUGCCAGUGAAGCAAUUGCGUUUUGGUGACACUGGCAGUGCUUUAGACGAAAAGGAGGCUCGAUAUACUCUCGGCUCGUUGAUAUGCCGCGGUGACGAUCUGUUCGACAAUGUGGUCACAUUCAGAAUUUCGGAUGCCACCAUCGAUAUUCCCAACUUCGAUAUGGGACACAACGGCGAUAUAUACUUCGAAUUCAGAACGGCAACUGAUAACGCAGUGUUAUUCCAUGCCAAAGGCCCUACUGACUACAUUAAAUUGACGAUUGUUAACGGAAAUCAGCUCCAGUUCCAGUACCAAGCGGGAUCCGGGCCGAUUGCCGUCAUAGCGGAAGUUUCGUACAAAUUGUCGGAUAAUCAGUGGCAUGCGGUGUCAGUUGAGAGGAACCGAAAGGAGGCGAUGAUUGUAGUGGACGGAGCUCAGAAAGCCGAGGUUCGGGAGCCGCCAGGCCCCGUGCGGGCCAUUCACUUAACAUCCGACUUGGUAAUCGGCGCCUCCACCGAUUACAGGGAUGGAUUCACUGGUUGCAUGCGAGCUCUUCUCAUCAAUGGAAAGCACGUGAACUUGAGAGAGUACGCUCAUCGAGGACUGUAUGGAAUCGCCGAAGGUUGUGUAGGCAAAUGCGACAGCAGCCCGUGUCUGAAUAACGGCACUUGCAUAGAAAAGUACGAGGGAUACGUGUGUGAUUGCAGAUGGACUGCUUUUAAGGGCUCAAUAUGCGCCGACGAAAUCGGAGUGCACAUGAAAGCCAAUUCGGCAGUGAAAUACAUCUUCGAAGGCUCAUGGCGUUCAACAAUCUCAGAACACAUUCGCGUUGGAUUCACCACCACCAAUCCCAAAGGCUUCCUGUUGGGAUUCUUCUCCAAUAUAACCAAGGAAUACUUAACGAUCAUGGUCUCAAAUUCCGGCCAUUUGCGAAUAGUGUUCGACUUUGGCUUCGAGCGGCAAGAAGUCAUCUACCCGGAUAAGCAUUUCGGGCUUGGCCAGUAUCAUGAUCUUUUAUUGACCCGGAAGAACGGAGGGUCCACGUUAGUGAUCAAAAUCGACAGCUACGAGCCUAAAGAGUUCAAUUUCGACAUCAAGGAGUCUGCAGACGCCCAAUUCAAUAACAUCCAGUACAUGUACAUCGGCAAAAACGAAUCGAUGUCUGAAGGAUUUAUCGGAUGCGUAUCCAGAGUGGAAUUUGACGAUAUUUAUCCCUUGAAGCUGCUCUUCCAGCAGAAGGGCCCUGGAAAUGUGAAAGUGCUUGGAGAACCCUUGAACGAAGACUUUUGCGGAGUGGAGCCGAUUACACAUCCGCCUGAUACAAUCGAAACCAGGCCUCCGCCGUUGAUUGACGAGGAUAAAAUCAGGCGGGCCUACAAUCAAACGGAUUCGGCUAUUUUGGGAAGUGUGCUUGCAAUUAUAUUCUUAGCUCUAGUCAUUCUGUGCAUUAUCAUCGGCCGUUAUCUCCAUCGGCACAAAGGCGAAUACUUAACGCAAGAAGACGCCGGAGCUGAUGCCGCCCUGGAUCCCGACGAUGCAGUGGUUCAUGGCACCACCGGCCAUCAUGUGCAGAAAAAGAAGGAAUGGUUCAUUUAAGGCACCACCCGCCCCGUUUAAUUUAAUGCUCUUCCUUAUAAGGACCGAUGAGUACAAGUUCUAGUUUUUUAUGUUCGUGUUAUAUUUUCCGUCCAUUUUAUUUACUCGACAAAUUCCAUGACCUGUUUCUUACGUUUUAGUUUUGCAUCGAAGGCGCGCUUGUAGUGCUUUGUUAGCAUCGGCCUAGAUACGAAAUCUUUUAAUUUUUUUGUUUGAUUUCAUAUGAUUUUUAUGUACACAUUUUUGCAAAUGUUUACAUGUUUGCACUGCUAGAAUUCUAUAACGAUAAGGUAUUGUAAUUUUUUACAAAAAAUGACAUAAAUUUUUAA